AUGAGGAGGCACUAUAAACUCAACACUGAUGGGACGGCUAAGGGUAAGCCAGACAUUGGAAGAAUUGGUGGGGUAUUUAGGACAAAUAAUGAGGAUUGGGUUCAAGGGUAUAUGGAAAAUAUGCCACAUACCACCAACAUUGUGACAGAGUUAACUACAUUGCUAAAGGGUCUCCAAAUUGCAGAACGAAAUGGAUGGAUACCACUGGAAGUAGCUACAGACUCAACAGAGGUAAUAAGGUUGCUAAUCAUUGGAAAUAUAACUUAUGAUCCUAUUAUAUGUGAAUGCAAGUUGUUGAUCCAAAGGAUGACCAGAGUAGUAGUGAGACACAGUUACAAGGAGCAGAAUAGAGUGACCGAUGCAUUGGCAAAAGAGGAAGCAAAAAUAGAAUUUUUUUGGAAGAACUACCAUGCUAGUAGUUCCCCCGGUGUUUGUAAAUGA